AUGUCGCCGACUGGAAAAGACGCAGCGGAGCGCGUUUUCUCGUACAAUGCCUCAACCGCCCGGCAUAAAAAAUGCGAUGAAACACCAGGAGCAUGCAACAACUGCGUCUCCACCGGCCGCAAAUGCGAUGGUUAUGACUUAUCUCGACUGCCAGUCAACAAAUCUACACCCGUGACACAUCCAGUGAUAACAUCGCGUCUGGGAUGGUUGACAACCGCUGACGAGAUGCGCUCGUUCUCGUACUUUGCACAUUGCUCGAUUCCAAGCCUGUUGGCGUUCUUCGACUCCUCGCUCUGGCAGAGAGUGGCUCUGCAGAUGAGCCAUCUCGACCGUGCGGUCUACCACGCUGCCAGUAUGCUCGGCGCUAUCCACGAAGACUCCUGUCAUAACCAAAUGCGCUUGUCUGGGGAAGAUCUCUCCGCGCCUCGCCAUCGGUUCGCCCUCGAGCAGGCCUCCCGCUCCUUUUCAAUCUUGAACCGACGCCAGGCCUCACGCGAUCCCCAGUUGCGGGAAGUUGUGCUAUUAUGCUGCCUACUUUUUGUCAUUGCCGAGUCCCUUCUAGGACAGUAUGAUCGUGCCGUGCAACACCUCCGAGGCGGACUUCGGGUCUUGGGAGAGGAACUCGAGGAGCAGCACCGCGUAUCGCCCCUGGAUCGUUGCUUGGUUGAAACAUUCCAGCGGCUUGAUGUCGAGUUCGCGCAGUUCGGAAAGGGGCGGCCGUUUCUGUUCAAUGCAGCGCUGGAUACGGAUAUUCCAAGUCAGAGCUUGCAACUACACGGUCCAGACGAUGUAUACCGAUGUGUGAUCCGCCUGCUGCACAUCGACGUUCCUUUUCUUGGUCUGGCCUGGUCGCUUUCCGCGUCUGAUAUUGAAGCCGAUUACGAUAAUCUACACCGCAGGCAGCAACAAAUCCUUUCCUUUGCCUAUGGGAUCAAGGCGGAGAUCCGGUCCUUUCUCAGCCGUUCUUUCCACUAUCUAAGUUACAAUGAGCGACGCAGGGUAGAACUCUCACUACUCACCUGUCUCGCGCAGAUCGUCGCUAACGAAACCUGCUUAUUAGGCGGACUGGUGCCUAUCGAUAUGGCUUCCGGAUUCGUGGAUCUCUUGGAUUACUACGAAUCGAUCAUGGCUAGAUAUCCAGAGCGUCCGACAAUCACUCUCGAUAACGGCGUCAUCCCUACUCUGUGGAUGAUCGCAUCCAAAUGCCCGGAUUACUCAGUCCGGUUGCAGGCGAUCAACGCUCUUCUGGCGUGGCCGCAUUGCGAAGCGCUCUGCAAUUCAAAUGUAGGGGCUUCGUUGGCUCUGGAAAAUUUGAAGGCGGAAUUAAAGGCAGACGAUGAGAUUCUCUCUUUUCUGGCUGUCAGUGGGCAAUCACAUGAAGAAUUGAGUCACUAUCUCAAGAAGCACUUGGAGUUCCACGCAGCAUGCUGCAAAUUGGUCAAUGGUCCGCGCGGCCACGACUAUUCUACGAUGGACCAGAUUCAGAACAGCACUUCAUGA